GCAACUUCAAGUGGAUUUUCAACAUGGUUUCAGCGGGUUUGCAGAUGCUGGGCGCCGCCCUCGCCAUUUUGGGCUGGAUCGGGACCAUCGUGGUGUGCGCGCUGCCCCAGUGGAAGGUGACGGCUUUCGUGGGCACCAGCAUCGUGACGGCGCAGACCACCUGGGAGGGGAUCUGGAUGACCUGUGUGACCCAGAGCACGGGCCAGAUGCAGUGCAAGGUCUACGACUCCCUGCUGGCUUUGAGCCAGGACCUCCAGGCCGCCCGGGCCCUGGUCAUCAUUUCCAUCCUGCUGGGCGUGCUGGGGGUGCUCCUGUGCCUGGCAGGAGGCAAGUGCACAAACUGCGUGCGGGACGAGGGCGCCAAGGCCAAAAUCUGCGUGGCGUCGGGCGUGGUCUUCAUCCUGGCUGGGGUGCUGUGCCUCAUCCCCGUGUCCUGGACUGCCAACACCAUCAUCACGAACUUCUACAACCCGUUGACUUCGGGCUCCCAGAAGAGGGAGCUUGGGGCUGCCCUCUUCAUCGGCUGGGGGGCCUCCGGCCUGCUCCUCAUAGGCGGCGCCCUCCUCUGCGCCAACUGCCCACCCAAAGACGACUAUCCCGCCAAGUACUCGGCAAACAGAGCGUCUGCGCCCAAAGACUACAUCUAAAGGAUGACCAGUAUUUCACCGCUUCCUGUCUUAUCAAGCGCCUGCUUAAUGGCCCACAACUGACGACCAGAACCUGCUUUUUGACUGGAAAGUAGACAUCACGUUCAACCCGUUACAUUUAUUUUUCAUAGCUCAUUUCCAUGUUUUUAUACGAUCAUUUUCGUUGAUUUGUUUUGUUUUAUUGUGUAUUGUCAGCAUGUGUAAAUAGUGUUUUUAUGAAGAUGAUCUCUUCUCGUCAAUUGUGU